AUGGCCUCUCUUAAUCCAUGGGGAAAGCUGGACGAAGUCCAGAAUGAGAGGCUCAUGGCUCGUCGAAAGACGAGGAAGAGAAUUACAUUUAUUGCAAUAUCUUUCAUUAUUCUUGUGUCCAUCAUUGUGGGUGCAGUGGUUGGUGGUGUUUCUCACAACAAUAACAAAUCUUCCCAACAAAAUGAUAAUGUGUUGUCAAUUUCCUCAACCAUUAGAGCGGUAUGCAAUCUAAUCCUGUAUCCAGACUCCUGUAUCUCCAGCCUUUCCCCAUAUGCUGCAAAAUUCAAUGCUCUCAAACCUCAAGACAUCUACAAGAUGUCUGUUCUAGUCGCCCUCAACGAGCUUUUUGGUGCCUCCGACAAUUUCUUCAAGAGUGAGACAUUCAAGAACAUUAACAAUCUUAACAUUAACAAAAAACAUUAA